AUGGUUCCAAAUGAAUCCCAUCAGUACACUGGGAUUAUCUGGUUGCUUCAGCAUUUCAGAUGGACAUGGGUUGGUCUCUUUGCUGUUGAUAAUAAUAAUGGAGACCAUUUCUUGCAAACCCUGGAAUCAUUGCUUUCCAAGAAUGGGAUCUGUUCAGCCUUCACACAAAGAAUCCCACGACUUGCCCGUUUGGAUGAUUUGGAUGAAAUCACCGAUAUAGCCUUCAAUAUUUAUAUGCACUUAUUGGAUAAUAAAACAAAUGUAUUUGUUAUCUAUGGAGAAUCCCUGACCACUGCGUGGCUCAGAACUAUUGUAUUUUUCCAAGACCCUGAAAAUAAAGAAAGCACAUCAUUUGGAAAGGUGUGGAUCAUGACGUCUCAGAUUGAUUUCAUCUUGACAGGCCUUCAAAGAGGUUGGAAUCUUCACUUGUUCCAAGGUGCCAUUUCCUUUAGCGUCCAUUCAGAAAAUAUUCUAGAUUUUAGGAAGUUUCUCCAGGUAAUAAAACCUUAUUCAACCCAAGAUGAUGGAUUUCUCAAAGUCUUCUGGGAGCAAGCAUUUGACUGUUCAUUUCCAAAGCCUGGGGUGGCAAUAAGUGUCACUGAAAUAUGUACUGGAGAUGAGAAACUGGAAAGUCUUCCUGGAUCUCAGUUUGAACUUCUCAUGACCAGUCAUAGCUACAGUAUCUAUAAUGCUGUCCAUGCUGUCGCUCAUGCUUUGCAAGCUAUGUCUUCUUACAACCUCAGAGAAAAGGGUUGCAUACCUCAUCCAGCUAUGAGAUGUAACAAAGCCGGACUGCACAGUUUUCAGGCUUGGCAGCUCCAUGAAUUUCUUCAAGGGCUUUCAUUUAAUAACUCAGCUGGAGAAACAGUGUCCUUUAAUGACAAAAGGGAAAGGGAAGGUGGAUUUGACAUCAUUAGUUUAGAUACAUUUCCAAACAAGUCCUUCCAGAAAGUGAAAGUUGGGAGGGUGGACCCCAUUGCUCCUCAAGGAAAAGAAUUAAUGAUGAACACAGAUCUUCUCGUGUGGCAUAGCAAGUUUAAGCAGAUGCCUCCCCUUUCUCUUUGUAAUGAACCCUGUCAUCCUGGUCAUCAGAAGAAAAGCAAGGAAGGAGAAAAAUUCUGCUGCUAUGCUUGUGUUCCAUGUUCAGAAGGGAAGGUUUCCAACAAGACGGAUAUGAAUGACUGUGUCCAAUGUCCUGAACAUCAAUAUUCUAGCAAGGAGAGAGAAAGAUGUGUCUCCAAAACGAUUAGCUUUCUCUCUUAUGUAAAUCCAUUGGGGAUCAUUUUUGCCUCAGUUGCUCUUUCUCUCUCCUUGGUUACAGUGUUUGUGCUCACAACUUUUCUCAAGCACAGAGAUACCCCUCUUGUGAAAGCCAACAACCGGAACCUGACCUAUCUGCUCCUCAUUUCUCUUCUUCUCUGCUUCCUCUCUCCAUUCUUGUUCCUUGGCCAGCCAGGAAAAGUGACCUGCCUUCUCAGGCAACCAACCUUUGCCACCAUCUUCUCAGUGGCUGUUUCUUGUGUGUUGGCAAAAACCAUGAUAGUUUCUCUAGCAUUCCUAGCCAUAAAGCCUGGAUCUAGGUUCAAGAAAUGGGUGGGGAAAAGACUGACUUAUUCCAUAGUCCUUUCUUGUCCCCUUAUUCAAGUAAGCAUUUGUACUGUAUGGUUGCUAACCUUUCCUCCAUUCCUUGAUUUAGACAUGCACUCCAUAACUGAGGAAAUCAUUCUGCAAUGCAAUGAAGGCUCAGUUGUCAUGUUUUACUGUGUCCUGAGCUACAUGGGCUUCUUGGCGCUUGCUAGUUUCAUUGUGGCAUUCCUAUCCCGUAAAUUGCCGGAUAGUUUUAAUGAAGCCAAGUUGAUUACAUUCAGUAUGCUGGUCUUUUGUAGCGUGUGGGUCUCCUUUGUCCCCACCUACCUCAGUGCAAUUGGGAAAUCCAUGGUGGCUGUGGAGAUCUUCAGCAUCUUAACCUCUGGUGCUGGUUUACUAGGCUGUAUGUUUUUCCCUAAAUGCUAUAUCAUUGUGUUGAGGCCUGAACUGAACAAAAGGGAACAGCUCAUAAGAAGAAGGAAUUAA